AAUAACCGUCGUCGUCAUCGUAGUCCGCGGCGUAUAAUACGACUAUCAAGGAGGCAGCUGUUUCGUUUCCGUCUCUCGUCCACCAAACGGUUUUAGUCUAGUUCCUGUGUCGGUACCAAACCGUCAACCGCCACUGUAUUCGCGCGUAAACCGUUCACAUAGCGAAUACAAUUUUUUUUUUUGCAAACAUUUUACCUAAAAAGGAUUAAGAAUACCAAAUUUGAAAUAUUUUAUUUUUAUUUUUUGCGGGCUUUUUUUUAAUACUAAUAUCGUAAAAUUAAAAAGGUGGUUCGGGGAUUUUGGUGCAUAUAGGUACUACGUACUAUGAUCGUAUCUCAUACGGCGUGUAUAUAGCUGACGAUAUUAUAUAUUAAAGCUCCAGAUAUCUAUCACGAUUGGCGCCGAGUUGGAUACUAUGUCCUUAAACUGCAAUAAUAAAUUGUUGAGCGGCAAAAAAUUCUAUUGAUUCCAGGUCAUCGCAAUAAAGACAUAACAGACAUUUCAUCGUUAAAACGUUUUUGUCAUAAGUGGGAAUGACGGAAGGAUUUAAAUCAAAAGAAAUUAUUUUACAAGCUCAAAAAAAAUUCUUGGGCAAAGUAACCAAUAAAAAUGUUAUAAAAUUAUUUAUACACGAACGCAAUGCUAACAUUUUGGAUAAUUUGUAUCGACUUGCUAAAAUUUACACGGGAAAUAAGAAAGAAUCCGAGAAGUUGACGAAAAAUAUAAUCAAAAUAAUCGUUAAAUUAAGUAUUUUAUAUAGAAAUGACCAAUUUGACAGUAAUGAAUUGGAAUUAGCAAAUAAUUUUAAAGAUAAAUUUAGAGAAUUAACUAUGAUUACAGUAAGUUUUUAUGAAAUAGAAUUCAGUUAUGACAAAAAUUAUUUAAUAAAUUAUUUAUUUAAGUGUAGAGAAAUACUAAAAGAACUAACCAAAAGACAUCUCACAGAUAAAACACUGUCCAGAGUAGACAAAAUUUUUGAUUUUUUUUCAAAUUCUGUAUUUUUAGAUUCAAUUUUUAUUAAUCCUGCAGUUUCCGAAUUAACCGAAACCGUGCAAAUCUUAAUUAACGAUUUAAAGGAAUUACUGGAUAAAGACUUAUAGUAUAAUAUAAUAUAAUGUACCUACUAUAAUUUAUUAAAAAAUAUUUUUAUUGCUUCUGUAUAUAUUGUAUAUAUUAUAAUAUGCGAUAUAGGAUACUGCUGGACACUUUAUACUAUAUUCUUGUAUAACUUUAAUUAAUCACUAUAGUCUAUAGGUAACUAUACAAAUAUUACAUAUUUUAUUUAUCUGAUGUUAUUAUACUUAAAAUUUCAUAUCAGAUAAUCAAUUUCAAUGUUUCAAUGUUUGUAGAGACCAAUCAUAUUAUUAUAGUAAUAUACGUACCUACCUAUUCCUAAUAAGUAAUAAGUAAUAAUUAUAAUAUUAUUUAUUGAUUUGAGCCUGACGCCCGAACAAUAUUGUUUAAGAAAAUUGUAUAAUUAUUUUUUAAUAACAACCACUGGUAAUAUCUAUCAGGAACUAAAUAGGUAAAUAAAUAUGGUAGCGAAAUUUUUUAAAAACACAAAGUAGGUAUAGGAUCAUAUAGUAUAGAAAUUAUAAUAGAUACUAUUGAGUAUUGACGAUUAGUAUAAAUUAAUUAAACUCAUACUUUAAGUUACCUACCUAAUUUAAUUAUUAUUCUCAUUAUUUAUAUAUUUUUUUUCCCAUUAAAAUUUCUCAAAUAGUUCGUAUUUACGAGAAAUAUAAUGUCUAAUAUUAUUGUAAAAUUAUCAUUACUAAAUUGUAUACUGUGAAUUGCGUACUGUAAUAUAUAUAUUUAUAUGUAUAUUGUAGGUAUAUAAAUCUACUACAUUGUUAAUAAACGUAUACAACAGUGUUUUCACACAAUUAAUUUUGUAUUUAUUUUCAUCGAAAAUUAUUUCUAUUAUUUGAAUUUGAAUAAAAAUCACAACAACAAAAAAGUAA